AUGUCUGAAUUUGGUCAUGAAUUUGAUAACAAUUGGCCUUCCAGUGAAUUUGUGAAAAAUUUAACAAAUUUUGCUCAAGAUCUCUUGCAAAAAUGUUUGGUUAUAGAAAAACCUAAAGCUCAACAAGUAGAUAUACAAGAAUUUAUACAAAAGUCCAAUGAGUUUCCCAUAAAAUUUCCCAUUGAUAGCUGUCGCGUAAAAUCACAACCUAAAGAAUGUUUUGCCAUAAUACAGCAACAAAUUGAGUCAGCUUAUCCGCUGAUGCAUGAGAAAGUAUUGUAUUUGAUUAUGGACUUUUUGGAGCAUAAAUUGAAGUAUGGCUCCUGCCAAGAAAAACAACUUUAUGCUAACAUGACACUAACUGAAUUUGUACAACGUUUACUUGUCAAACGUUGUGUCAGUUUUGUGGGAUUUCAUGACAGUUACUUACUAAUCACCGGAGAAACUGGUCAUGGGGAAAAAUAUCUAAAUAUUGGCACCGAUGAAGAACAGGAACCCCUAACUCUCAACAAUGUUUUAAGCUAUGAUGAAACCAAGAUUUCUGCUUUCUUGUCCAUAUCCUCGCACAGCGAAUUCAUUAAUGAUGGUCGCCGACACAAUACUGGCAAACUAGAAAAAGAUUUGAAUAAAAUCGAACCACAUGGCGUGGUUGUGGGCUUAAUAGGGGCCCGCUUUGGCCGUCCCCAGAAAAUGGAAUAUGAGGAUAUUGUAAUAAGUAAACAUCAAAAUAUCCCCGAAAAUGGUUAUGGCUGGCAUAAAACAUUUAAAAGUCCCACUACACUAUGGCAGUAUUUAUUUCCGCAUACAAAAUCUAUUGAAAUGGAAAAACUACAAGACUAUAGACAUUUAUGGAAUAAAUUCUAUGAGGAACAAGAUCAUUUAUACAAAAAAGUCUUCAUGGAUAAUAAACGUUUUGGCGAAAGCUUUAAACGUGAAGCUAUAUUCGAUAAUUUGUUAAUGAAAAAACGUUUUGCCUUGCCUUUUGAUGUGUUACUUUUGGAGGCCAAUGAAAGAGCUUUAAAAGCUCAAAAGUUAGCCUAUAUACAUGUGGUGGGCAUAGGUUUGGGUGUUUGGCUGGCUGCUUCACAACAAGAAAAAAUCUUUAUGGCAGGUUUCCAGCAGCGUUUGAAAUAUUUAAUAACUCAACUUAAUAACAUAGCAGUGGUGCAUUUUUCUUGGUUUAAACUAAAUGAAUAUGGAGAUUUAAAAAAUGAUGCCAUAUUGCUAUCAGAUAAACAUCCUCAAAAUGGCAUAAAAAUCCUAAUAUCAAAUAGGAAUCCCAAUGAGAAAUUGCAUCCACCCUAUGACAAUAUGCUGCCGGUGGUAUCAUUUGCUUGGGAUGGUAAUGCCUUACCGGGUAAUGAGUUUUGGAUGGGUUCUUUGGUCUCCUCAAAUGAUCCCUCUGCCGCUUGCAGUACCUUAAUAACCGAACUUUUUAAUCCUCAUAUCAAUACCCACUAUGUUAAUGGCAAAAAUUUACAUAUAGCUUCGCCAAAAUAUGGUUUAAUUCAUAUAAAAGAUUAUGCUGCUAAAAUCUUAAACGAAAUUGUUGUAUCCUAAUAAGUUUAAAGAAUUUAAUGUUGUAAUGCUGAAUGAUAAAUAAAGUAAAAUAUAUUGAACUUUUAUAA